AUCUGUGAUGUUUUACUGAUUUUUUCCUUCUUGUGGUAUAUUGAUGAUAAUGAAAAUGAUGUUUUAGGUACAUCGGGGACAGUUACUUGCUUAGCAUCUCUGCUGGUUUGCAAUGCGAUAUUUAAUUCAAUUAUUAAGAUUGCGGACGGAAUAAAUUACUACGACAUCAGGAAGCAAUGUGAGGGGGAUCUCUGUUAUGAUUUUUCGAACAUGGAAAAAUUCCUCAACCUUAAAUCUGUUAGAAAGUCUCUUGGAGUCGGUGACAUAGAGUUCGUUUCGUGCAGUCCCACUGUUUACCAGGCGAUGCUUACCGACUGGAUGAGGAAUUUGGAAGUUGGUAUUCCUGCUCUACUUGAGGACGGCGUGAAGGUCCUCAUUUAUGCCGGGGAGUAUGAUCUUAUAUGCAACUGGCUCGGAAAUUCAAGGUGGGUACAUUCCAUGGAGUGGUCCGGUCAGCAAAAGUUUGUCUCAUCAUCGGAGCUUCCAUUCACUGUCGAUGGAGCUGAAGCAGGACUCUUGAAAACUUAUGGACCACUAAGUUUUCUCAAGGUUCAUGAUGCCGGGCACAUGGUCCCGAUGGAUCAGCCGAAGGCUGCAUUAGAGAUGCUGAAAAGGUGGACUCGAGGGGAGCUUGCUCAGUAUUCUGAAAGCAAUGAACUUCAUGCCGAAAUUUAAUAUAUCUAAUUACGGCAAAAAUUUAAUACUACUAAUUAAUUACUUAUCGCUAACUAUGAAAUGGUGAGAUGAUAAAAACAUUUCUGCUUGUUUUUUUCUUGUUUUUUUUUCUGAUGGAAUGAGAGAAAAAUGCAAAUGUAUUUGCAGAUAAACUUGAAUAUAUAUGUUUCAGAUGAGCUGGGUUGUGAAAUGUUUAUGUGAAAAUUGUUGUUUUGAA